AACCACGGCCCAUGGCGGAGAGUCACUCACCGGCCGGGCUGGGGGAGGCUGCGUCCCUGGCUGGGCCUGGCGUCCCCGGUUCGGAGUCGGAAAGCCGGCGGCGGCCGCUGAGCGAGCUGCGCGUGAUAGACCUGCGGGCCGAGCUCCGGCAGCGCAACCUGGACAGCGGCGGCAACAAGAGCGUCCUCAUGGAGCGGCUGAGGAAGGCUAUUGAGGAGGAAGGAGGGAAUCCUGAUGAAAUUCCAGUGGUUUCAGAAAAUAUCAUGAAGAAAACUCCAAAAAGAAGCAGCAAAGGACGUAGAGCAGAUGAAGAGGGAGUGGAGGACAAUGGCCUGGAGGAGGAUUCUGGAGAUGGACAGGACGAUAUGGAAGCAAGUUUGGAUAACUUGCAGGAUAUUGACAUGAUGGAUAUUAGUGUGUUAGAUGAAGCUGAAAUAGAUAAUGGCAAUGCAGUAGAUUGUGGAGAUGAUUACAGUGCCCAUAAUAUCCUUGACUCGCUGUCUGAUAGUAAAGAAAAUGCUGAUGCAGAAGUGAAAGAAUUUCCAGAUCAGCCUGCAGAGUAUGCUGUAGGUAACUUGGAGGCAUCCCCACAAUUUUCAGAAAUUAAAGAAGAAUCAAGAGAAAUACCAAUAGUGAUGGUAGAGUUUGAAGAUGUUGGGAACAGUUUAGAUGCUUCUUCAGCAGAUUUAACCGUAAUAAAGGAACUUGAAGAGUUACCUUUGGAGCCAGAAAAUGAGAAAAUACUCGACAUUUUGGGGGAAACUUGUAAAUCUGAGCUACUUAACGAAGAACCUCCCGAAGCGGAGCGGCCGCGUGCGCAGGAAGCCAGUAACGCGGGGCCAGGCAAGAGGCUGGCUGAGGAAGAGGACGCUCUCGCUGCCGCUCAGCUGGAGGAAGAUGCUUUAGCUUUGGACAGCAAAUCGGCCCAAGCUUUGGCAAGGAAGGAAGCAAAGCGUUUAGUGGUAGCAAAAGGGGAGACAAGUGAACAGAGCCCCGAGGAAGAGGCCCCGGACUCUGAAGGUGUAGUGGUAGAGACCCUAAGCGAUCAGAGUAGCAAACGCUCCCAAGGCCUGGAAGCCUCUAGUGGGGAGGCCGCGGAGAAAGGCGCAGGUGCCGAAGCCAGAGAUAGCAAAGAAGAUGGCAAGAGAGCAGAAGACAAAGCUAAUUCUGAGGAAUCUUCCCCUGCCACUAAAGAGUCCUCAGCCAGUGAGGGCGGUGAUCAGAAAAAGAGCCCUGUUGAAGACAAAGAUACAAAGACAGUCACAAAAGAUGAGAAAGGCCGUGUGGGGAGUGGUUCUGGCAGAAAUUUGUGGGUUAGUGGACUUUCCUCCUCUACUAGAGCUACAGAUUUGAAGAAUCUUUUCAGCAAGUAUGGAAAGGUGGUUGGUGCAAAAGUGGUGACAAAUGCUCGCAGUCCUGGCGCUCGCUGCUAUGGCUUUGUGACCAUGUCAACAUCUGAGGAGGCCACCAAGUGCAUCAAUCACCUCCACAGAACAGAGCUGCAUGGUAAAAUGAUUUCUGUGGAAAAGGCAAAAAAUGAACCAGCAGGAAAAAAGCCUUCUGACAAAAAGGAAGGUGAAACAAGGAAGGAAAAAGACAGGCACCAUUCUGCAGAUUCCAAAUCUGAGAAAUCUGUUGGUGUUAAGAAGGAGGAGAAGAUGGACAAAAAAGAUGAUGCUAAGAAAUCAGAAAAAGAUGAAAAAGAAGGAAAAGAAAAGGAUGAACAAAAGACUGGAUCUUCUGAUAGAUCCAGGGCAAGCAAAUCAGCAAGUCGAGGAACAGAAAGGACAGUGGUAAUGGAUAAAUCUAAAGGAGAGCCAGUUAUUAGUGUGAAAACUUCUGCAUCAAAAGAGAGGAGCACAAAGAGCCAGGACCGCAAAUCGGAGAGCAAGGAAAAGCAGGAUAUUUUAUCUUUUGAUAAAAUCAAGGAGCAGCGGGAGCGGGAACGGCAGAGGCAGAGGGAGAGAGAAAUCAGGGAGACAGAGAGGCGCCGGGAGAGAGAGAGGCGAGACCGGGAGCAGCGCCUGGCAGCCAUUCACGAGCGGGAUGAGAGACAGAGGCUCCAGAGGGAGCGGGAGCGGCUGGAAUUCCAACGGCAGCGCCUGGACAGGGAGCGCCUGGAGAGGGAGAGGUUGGAGAGGGAAAGGAUGCACAUAGAGCAGGAGAGGAGACGGGAGCAGGAGCGAAUCCAGAGGGAGAGGGAGGAGCUGCGACGCCAGCAGGAGCAGCUGCGCUACGAGCAGGAGCGGCGCUCUGCCAUGAGGAGGCCUUACGAUCCUGACAGCCGGCGGGAUGAGCCCUACUGGCCCGAGGCCAAGCGGCUGGCGCUGGAGGAUCGCUACCACUCGGACUUCGGCCGCCAGGAUCGCUUCCACGACUUCGACCACCGCGACCGCGGCCGCUACCAGGAGCACUGCUUGGACAGGAGAGACUGUACAAGGGGAAUUCCAGAUCGAGAUGGGCAGCACUACCCAGACGAGCGGCACGGGGGGCCUGAGCGUCACUCCCGGGACAGCUGGGGGGGCUACGGCUCUGACAGGAGGAUGAGUGAGGGAAGAGGGAUCCCCCCACAAACCCGAUCUUUGAGCGUCUGCAGGAGCAGGGAGUUGCCACGUGCAGCUCCCGCGUGCCUCGGGAGGGUGAAGCUCUGUAGUGAGUAAAGAGCUGCUCACUUAGCUCAGCUCCUGACUCUGCUUCUCCUGUAAAUAACUUUCAUUUCUACAGAUGAGAUUCAGUCUGUUUCUACAGAUGCCCCAGUAAGGCCUGCACAAGUCUCGUUCAUGGCCAGUGGUCAGGUUUUAAUGGAAAUUGAGUGAGAUGUCUCUGCAGUGGUGGGGUAGAGAACUUGGACUCGCCUGAAUUGUAGUGGUUUCUCUUUAAACCAGUUAAUCAAGCUGGGCAUAUUCCAGCUGCAUAAUUUUCAGACUGAGGAGUGGCAGCCAAUGAAUUCAUCUAUGCCCAAGUAUUUCAGUCCAUUGCAAUAUCCAUGAUGUGUCUGGAUCAGAAAAGACAAGUUUUGUUGUGUGAAGGAUGCUGUUCAGCAGGUGUCUGUCAUUGUUUCUCUUUGACCAGUUCUGAUUGCAGUGGUUGGGUGGCUACAGCUAUAGCUUGAUUAACCAUUUAACACACUUUGGCAUGGGGUAUGGUGUUUGGCUUUACCCUGUGCUGCUCAGUGGGUAGGGGACAUACCUAG